CCAGCACGGCGGCGGCGGGACCCGGAAGCGGCGGCGGCGGCUCCCGGCGGGUUCCGGUCGCUCCCGGUCGGUCCAGAUCCCGCUCUCGGUCCCGGCGGCGGCUGCCGGAGGGUCCCGAUCCCGGCGGGUCCCGGCGGCGGCUCUCGGAGGGUCCCGACCCCGGCGGGCCCCGGUCCCGGCGCGGCCCGGGCAUGGCGGGCCGCGGGAAGCUGAUCGCCGUGAUGGGCGAUGAGGACACGGUGACCGGGUUCCUGCUGGGCGGCAUCGGCGAGCUGGACAAGCACCGGCGGCCCAACUUCCUGGUGGUGGAGAAGGAGACGAGCCUGGCCGAGAUCGAGGAGACCUUUCGGGGUUUUCUGGCGCGGGAGGACGUGGGGAUGAUCCUGAUCUCGCAGGCGCUGGCGGAGCAGAUCCGGCCGGCGGUCGCAGCCCACGCCCGGGCGCUGCCCGCGGUGCUCGAGAUCCCCUCCAAGGACCACCCGUACGACCCGGCCCGGGACUCGGUGCUGCGCCGCGCCCGCGGGCUCUUCGCUCCCGACGAGCUGCGAUAGAGCCCCAGGACCCCCCAGCCCCCCCCGUACCUCCAUAUCUCCCCCAGCCCCCCUCGGUACCUCCAGCCUCCCCUGGUACCUCCAAAUGCCACAGGACCCCUCCUGAACAUCCUCUGGACGGCCAAACCACAAACAGUACCCCCGGUACCCCCCCCCAGUAUCCUCAAACCCCCUCAGCCCCCAAACUGCCCCUCUGUGCUGUGCUUGUGGCCUCCUCGUGCCCGACCACCUGUGAUGGGCACCCCCAGGACCCCUUCAGCACCCCCACACAGCCCCUGGCACCUCCCCAGCCCCCCCGGCCUCUUCACUCCCCAUGAGCUGCAACAGACCCCACCCGGUGCCCCAAAACAGCCCCUGGCAUCCCACGGGGUCUCCACGACAGGAAAACCCCCCUGGGGGGUCCCGGGGGCCUGCACCCCAUGUCUGCUGCUCCCCACCCCACGGGGUCCCCAACCCACCCCGGGGUGCUGCUUGGGGGCUCCUUGGGGGUGACAGAGGGUCCCUGUGGGUGCUGUCAGGUCCCUGAGGGUGUCCCACGGGUCUGGGGGUGACAGAGGGACCCCAGUGUGUCCCUGAGGGGGCCGGGGGGGCCCCGUGGGUGCCCUGUGACGGUGUCUCAGCCGCGUCCCGUGAUGGGGAAGUGCCACCACCGGAUCCUGCCGGAUCCCGCCCGCGGGCAGGGAGGGAGAGCGGGGAGGGGGGGCCAGGCACACCCCAAGGACACCGGGAGUUGUCACCGUGACCUUGUCACCAUCCCUGCAGCCCUUCCUCAGCCCCCUGUGCCCUGGCAGAGCCCUGCGGGGGGGCUGGUAUUUAUUGCCCUCCCAGUGCCCAAGUGACGUUUGUAUCCCCCCUUGUGUGUCCUCCCCGUGUCCCCAACAUGUGCUGACACCA